CAUUAUCCCGCGAAUCCCGUCGGUAACGCGGGGAUCCACGAUAUCGCUCGUACUCGUGACUGUUGGUGCACUAGCGCCGCCUGGUGCCGAGCGGGAGAAACGACGCGGCGUUCCUUCUCUCUCCACCGCUCCCCUCCAGUGCUCCGUGCCGUCGCAGGCGCCGGUGGCAAAGCGCGGGUUACGGUUUAAGUUGCAUUUUAGAUGCGAACGAACGCGCAUCUCUCUCUUUUGGGUACGCGGCUACGCGGUGAACGUUUCGCGUGACGUCGGGCGCGCGGUUACGAACCCGUAAGUGCGACGCGAGUCGAUUGUGAGUUCCUGCCGACACCGGAUCCGCGAGACGUGGGGACCGACCGGUGAUCUAGUGAUUUUAUCCAAUAGUGCAUAGGAAAUCAAUACAUCCCGUAUUUCUGGCAAAGAUUCGUGAUUUUGGAUUGGAUGCAGUUAACUGAUCGGGGCAGCGAGCAGAACCAAAUUUCCAGGAUAUUGAACUACGCGGAGGAAAGUAAAGUUUAACGGAUCAUCAUGCGCAAGUUUCUGUACAAUUCCUUCAUCCUCGAACUGUUGCUGCUGACAAUCUUGUUCGCAUCGUCAGGCCUGGCGGCGUCGAAGACACGUAGCAGAAAGAAACUCGUCAAGGUAGCGAGCCCGGUGAACAUUUGCGACAUUCAAGGCCAGCAGUCGCCGAUCUUUUGCUACUGCAACAACGUCACGCUGAAUAAUGCCAGAAACAUCGAUUGUUGGGUAUUGGGCUACUUCGAUCGGGAUGACCCCAUGUGGAGUCACUUCGCGACGUCGCAAGGUCAUCUCGAAAAAAUGACGUUUACGGUGCGUCAGAGCGGCAGCAUCGACCACGUGCCCACUCGGCUGCUGCACGAACAGAAGAAUUUGCGCGAGUUCGUGAUCCAAUAUGGGAAGAUCCCCGAGCUCGCCGAGCACACUUUUAGCAAUCUCAACGAAAUUACCCAGAUCAACCUCCACCGCAAUUCGAUCACUGUGCUGCGCAAGUACGCCUUCGAGAACAUGCGAAAUCUCACUGUCAUCAAUCUCGACGAUAAUCACAUCUCUGAGCUUGAUAGAGAUACAUUUGUGAACUUGGCGAGCUUACGCAAGCUGUACCUGAACAACAACAACAUUAGCGUCAUUCGCGACAAGGUGUUCUAUUCCCUAGGCUCGUUGCAGGAACUCGAGCUGAGCAGCAACGAGUUGACAGGCAUCUCACGCAGUGCGUUCCGUGGUCUGCGCAGUUUGCUACGCCUCGAUCUACGCGGCAAUCAGAUCAGCACACUCCCCAAUAAUUGCUUUACAGAAAUGCCGGAAUUAACCGAACUCGAGCUUGAUCAAAAUAAGAUCGAAUUUAUAGACACAAGAGCAUUUGACAACAUGUAUAAGCUCCGGAAGUUGCGGCUCAGCGAGAAUCAGCUGAGGACAUUGCUGCCAAACGUCUUAACUGGUGCACCCGGCAUUUCCUUUUUGGAUCUUAGGGACAACUUGCUGAAGACUGUGACUUUUGACAACAUUAAACCAAUCGUGACCAAUUUCUACCACAACAACAGCUACUUAUACCUGGGCGAAAACAGUCUCAAGUGCAACUGCAAACUCGCGUGGAUUUGGGGCCUGCGAAACGAGACGAAGAACAUGAAACUGAGGGAUGCCCUGGAGGAGCUAACUUGCUUCCUUGAGAGCAAUAAUGCAACGCAGAAGAUCUACCGCGAAGACCUGGAGAGAAAUCAACCGCGCGGAAUUUCUAUCGACUACAGUAAUUCGAGAGACGAUAAUAAUGAGGACGACGACGGCAACGGCAACGAAGAUGAUGAUUAUUAUUAUGACCACGAGGCCGAAGAUUCGCCAAAUUUUCGCGGCAAGAACAAUCGUAACAGUGAGCAGUGCUGCAGCAAGCAUCUAUUCGAAUUGAAGCCAGAAGAUUUGCCAUGCCCAAAGCGUGAGGAUUUGAUGGCUUCCGAACAGCCAUCCAGUCACCAUGAAAACGCUCGCGUGGGCUCCGGGUCCAGCUGGUUUAGCUCCAGUUCGACCUCGGUCAAGGCCGGUCAGUCCGUCCUCGUUGCCUCAUUGCUAUUGCUAGCCGUACUUUUUUUCACGUAGAAGUGGCUAAGCGCUCCAAAAUAAAGCGAUAUUAACGCCAUUCUACGUCCCGAUAUGCUCGAGUGAGCAAAUGGAAAAUCGUACAUAUAAACGAAAUGGGACGCGAAAGAAAGUGUAUGUUUAUGCGUGUGUAUGUGUGGGUGUGUGUGCGCGCGCGCGCGCGCGCACUUACGUAGGAGACUAACUGGACAACCAAGAGACGUACCUUCGAAACUUUCCAGGGCGCUUACAGUUAUCGUUUAUUACACGAGGUCUCUCUUAAAAAGAACUUUAAAAAUGUUGCACGAACGUGACUGCGUAUUCAAUAAUGCAUAGCGAUAGGCAAGAUCGCUAAGUCACAAUUGCGCAGCAUCGAAACGCGGAUACAUUUCUACGUUAUUUUUAAACUUUGAAAAUUGUUUUUUACAUCUCGUGCAUUUACCAUUUUUUGAAAUAUGCUAUCAUGCAGAGGUUAACAGGCCAAUUAAUGAGAUAUUUUUCUUUUGUAAUAAUAUCUACAUAUUUACUGUGUUUUCAACGUAAGCCGAAACGGUAGCAUAAAAAUGACAAGGUUGCACAUAAUGUUUUAUUUUACAUAAUAUUGAUCGACUUCGGGCUCAAAUACGCUCCCUAUAGUGUAUGUCAUUCCCAUAUUUGUACAGUAUGUAUGCAUAAUUUUACUGUAUGCAUUAUAGGAAUACUAAAAAACACCGCGUUUCUCGUUAGCUAUUUCGCUUGCGUAACUACUGCCAUUUACCGUAGUCCAUUAUCAUAUUCAGCUAAUUUUGUCCGAGACAAUGGGUCCAGCAAUAACGACUCCGAAUAUUGAUGUAAUUACAAACUUGCCAGAAAUUGAGAUAUUGCCGUAUAAUUUAGAGUUAAUAUUAAAAUUGUGAUAGUGAAAAUAAAUAACUGAAUUUUUAAUUUUU